AUGGACAGUUAUCCUCGAUAUCAGGCACUUGAUACACUCAAUUCCGAAGGGGAUGAAAUUGGAGAUACAGGUGCAGAACAUCUGGCUAAUGCUUUACGACUGAACAAAAUACUUUGUACACUCAACCUUAACGAUAAUGAAAUUGGAGCUUCAGGGGCAAAACACCUGGCGUAUGCCUUACGCAUGAACAAAACACUUACUACACUCAAUCUGGGAGGAAAUGAAACAGGAAAUUCCAUUGGACCUUUAGGAGCAGAAGAUUUUGCUGAUGCACUACGAGUGAACCAAACACUGACUGCACUCAAUCUCGAAGGGAAUGAAAUGGGAGAUGAAGGAACAAAAUAUCUAGCUGGUGCCUUACGAGUGAACAACACCCUUACUAGGCUCGAUCUCGGUUGGAAUGAAAUUGGAAUUCCAGGAGCAAAACAUCUGGCUGAUGUCUUACGGGUGAACACUACACUGACCUCAUUAGCUCUUCAAACCAAUAGGAUUGGAUAUGCGGGUGCAAAACAUCUGGCAAAUGCCUUACAAACGCUUACUACAAUCAACCUCGCGGGAAACUAUGUUGGAUGUGAAGGAGUAGAACAGUUGGCUAAUGCGUUACAAGAGAACCAAAGUCUUACUACACUCAACCUCGAAGGGAAUCAAAUUGGAGAUGCAGGUGCAGAACACCUAGCUCAUGCUUUACGAAUGAAUAAAACCCUUACUACACUCAAUCUUGACUACAAUGAGAUUGGAGCUUCAGGAGCAGAACAUCUGACUAAUGCCUCACAAGAAAAUCGAGUGAGAAAAGCAUUUCCUUCGUUCGCCUGA